AGUCGGGGAAGGAACCGCCUCUGCCAGGCUGCCGAGGCCGCCGCUUCCCCUCCCUGCGCGGGUCCUGCAUUACAUCACGGCGACAGCAGUCAGAGGGGGGAGGUAGAAGCGCCUCCUCCCCGCCCUGAGCCCGGGCGGCAGCUCAGGGGGAGGACGGUGCCUCCUCACCUAGCCCCCCGAUGAGGGGCGUAUCAUGCCAUGGCAGCGCCUGCGAACGACAGCGGCAGCAGCACCCAGAGCAGGAGCAGCAGCCCCGGGAGCCGAGACGGAGUUGGGGGUACUGCGGCUGGAGCUCGCGAUGACGGGGACACGGGAGUCCGGGACGCCGCGGCGACCGCCCCCAGCCUCCCUCCGCUCGAGGACUACGAGUGCAAAAUCUGCUACAACUACUUCGACGCGGACCGGCGCGCCCCCAAGCUGCUGGCAUGCCUGCACACCUUCUGCCAGGAGUGCUUGAGCCAGCUGCAGCUCCGCGCCGCCACCGCCUCCAGUGCGGUCCCUGAGCGCGCGCCGCGCCCGCCACCCUGGCACAGCCCGCCCGGCGCCAUCGCGUGCCCAGUGUGCCGCCACCGCACUCCGCUGCCGGACAGCCGCGUGCACGGCCUGCCCAACAACACCAAGCUCGCCGAGGCCUUCCCGCUGGCUCUGCGCGCCGCACACGAUCCACUGCCCCAGGACCGCCUCCCGCCGGUGGCCUCCCGCCGCCCGGCGCCCACUGCCGCCUCGCCACCAGUCCCCGCCUCGCAGCCGCCGCAGCCGGAGCCACCACCCGCUGAGGACGCCGCCCCUGGACAUCGGGGCCGCCCAGGUCUCCGCGCCCCGGGCGCCUACGAGAGCUGUCAGAACUGCAAGCGGGCGGCGCUCACCGCCGGCUGCGUGUGCGUGGUCUUCUCGUUCCUCUCCAUGGUGGUGCUGCUGUUCACCGGUCUCAUCUUCGUCAACCACUACGGUGGUGGUGGCGGUGGUGGCGGCGGCGGCGGCGGGGGUGGGGGAUCCCCGAGCAGCGGUUCGUCUCCCGGCCCCGCCCCAGCUACCGGAUCGCCCUCGCCUUCACCUGUGGGACCCAUCUGCCUGUCGGUGGCUAGCAUCCUGGCGCUCUUCUCCGUGGUGGUCACCUGGAUCAUCUGCUGGCUCAAGUAUCGGCCCGAGGGGUCGGCCGCGGGCUCCGCAGGAAGCGGAGGCAGUGGCUCGAGGGCGCGGGCAGCCGCAGCUCUGGGCAGCGCCCGGAGGAGCGAUACGUAGCGGGAAGACACACCCGGCUCUCGGGCAUCGCCUACCUUUAGCGUCCCUACAGAACCCGGCUUUGGACUCAGUGAGCUGGGGUUUCUCCCCGCUUCGUCUGUGACUACGGACCACCGAAUCACUGCAGAGCCUCAGUUUCCCUCCUCUUAGUCUUUCUGUUCCCUACUUCCUUUACUUUGGGUAGGAGGGAAACAGAAGAGAAAGGGAUGCUGGUGUGUGUGGCAUCCCCUUUACCCAAACCUCUGCUUUAUGCGUCACUCCCACUCUGACCAAAGUGUGUGGCUGUCCCUUCCCCAAAGACUGAGGAUGUGCAGAAAGCGGAUUCCUGACUCCUAGGUCUUGGGCGCUAGUUUAGGGGUACCGCGCUUGCUUGCUUGCUUGUCAGCAACAGUUGUGAAUGGACUUGAAUCUCCUAAAAGAAAAAUAAAUAAGAUGCAGACCCAAAUGAUCUUCCUGCGUUUCAGAGAUCCCGGGAGGACAGAGAUCCACAGUCAGGAUUCAUGCACCUAAAGUUGAGCGUCGUCAGGCUAGACCUUGCCCCAGCCAGCGUCUGCGGGGAGCUGGGCAGGUGCUCAGCGCGCGUGCGCGUCCAGGGCUGCCUCUGGUCUCCCUCUAGCGCGCACUCGUUGGCGAUCCGCUGCUUGUGGCUGGAGCCGAGCCCAGAAGUCCCAUCUCCUGGAAGCUUGCGGUUGUUUUAUUCACAGUGUUACUGCCAGGCAAUCAUUUUCAUCUUCUGUAACCGGACUCGACUCAGGGAGCUUAAAGAGGCUGACCUCCCUUCUCUCAAAACUGACUGACUGUUGCCCCCACCUGGAAGACACUGAAAGCUAUUUAUUUAUUCGGAGUAUAAACUAUAAGCUUUCCCUUUUCUCGAGACACUCCCCCCCCCAAUUUCACUAAAAAAUAAUUUAUUUUUGAAUAUAUAAAUCUGGAAGUUUUGCACAUUAUAAGAUCUCCAGAAGUUGUUUUGAGUGGUGUUGUUUCUCUCUUACCUCUGAUCCAAACACAUUUCAAAAUAAGCAGAAAAUCAAGGUGUGUUAGUAAUUCAAGAUUUUAUACUGUGAAACAAUAACUUUCAACUAUAUGAAAACGCAUAUAAUAACGCCUAAAGAGAAAAUGAAAAGUGUCUCUGCCUUUGGUUAUCGAGAUAAUGUACAUUUAGCAUAUUUUGAGUUUAACUUUCUGUUGCCAUGGAAUCACUGGAAUGUCCACACUAAGUGGGAAAAACUACAAAUCGAUCUGAUUUUGAGACUAAAGAAAUGAUUGAGUGUGUACUGCACAUGGUGGAGUUGCCUUUUUAAAAGAAAAUCGUGGAUCUAAAAUGUAUUUUGUGUGAAAACAAAUGUCUUAUUCCACCUUUUGGAAGUUGGAAAGGAUAGUUUUCAUGCUCAGAAAAGAAAAAUCAGUGAUGCCACUGGGGGUGUGCUGUUUUUCCUCAUGUAUUAUGACGUCUGCAUGAUGCCUCUGUAUUAACUGAUCUCAAGUGGAGCAUUUAUGUAUAUCAUAUGACUGGGGUAAUUUAUUGGCCAUCCAUAAGUAGCAAGGCUGCCAUUUAGGAACCACAACAUGGUGUGUUAUAUGUCUAUGCUGUCUUAAUAAAAACAGGAAAUGUUUAUAGAAACUAAGA